GCGCAGUAGCCUCCCGGCGUCGGCAGCGGCGGUGGCGGCGUCUCCAAAGCCGGAAGGUUCGACUUCAGGCCGGGGGCUCGACACGUCGUGGGUUAUGUCGGCCCAGGGUGACUGCGAGUUCCUGGUGCAGCGAGCCCGGGAGCUGGUGCAGCAGGACCUGUGGGCAGCCAAGGCUUGGCUGAUCACGGCCCGCAGCCUCUACCCCGCCGAUUUUAACAUCCAGUAUGAGAUGUACACCAUCGAGCGGAAUGCAGAGCGGACUGCCACUGCAGGGAGACUGCUGUACGACAUGUUUGUGAAUUUCCCAGAUCAGCCGGUGGUAUGGAGAGAAAUCAGCAUUAUUACAUCAGCAUUAAGGAACGAUUCACAGGAUAAACAAACCCAAUUUUUAAGAAGUUUAUUUGAAACUCUUCCUGGUCGGGUCCAGUGUGAAAUGUUACUGAAAGUUACAGAACAAUGCUUCAACACAUUGGAACGAUCAGAAAUGUUGCUUCUACUUUUGAGACGCUUCCCUGAAACAGUUGUGCAACAUGGGGUCGGCCUUGGGGAGGCACUGCUAGAGGCUGAAACUAUUGAAGAACAAGAAUCUCCUGUUAACUGCUUUAGAAAAUUAUUUGUUUGUGAUGUUCUUCCUCUAAUAAUUAACAACCAUGAUGUUCGAUUGCCUGCCAAUUUAUUAUACAAGUACUUGAACAAAGCAGCUGAAUUUUAUAUCAAUUAUGUCACUAGGUCCACUCAGAUAGAGAGUCAGCAUCAAGGUGCCCAAGAAACAUCUGACUUAAUGUCGCCUAGCAAACGUAGCUCUCAGAAAUACAUAAUAGAAGGACUGACUGAAAAAUCGUCCCAGAUUGUGGACCCAUGGGAGAGGUUGUUUAAGAUUUUGAAUGUUGUUGGAAUGAGAUGUGAAUGGCAGAUGGAUAAAGGAAGACGAAGCUAUGGUGAUAUCUUGCAUAGAAUGAAGGAUCUCUGCAGAUACAUGAACAACUUUGAUAAUGAAGCUCAUGCAAAAUAUAAAAACCAAGUAGUUUAUUCCACUAUGUUGGUCUUCUUUAAGAAUGCAUUCCAGUAUGUCAACAGCAUACAGCCAUCUCUCUUCCAAGGUCCUAAUGCCCCAAGCCAAGUUCCACUGGUUCUCCUGGAGGAUAUAGCAAAUGUGUAUGGUGAUAUAGAAAUUGAUCGUAAUAAACACAUACAUAAAAAGAGGAAACUGGCAGAGGGAAGAGAAAAAACCAUGCAGAGUUCAGAUGACGAGGACUGUUCAGCAAAAGGAAGGAAUCGUCACAUUGUCAUCAAUAAAGCAGAACUCACUAACUCAAUUGAAGUGUUAGAAAGCUUUAAAUUGGCCAGGGAGAGCUGGGAGUUGCUCUAUUCCCUAGAAUUCCUUGACAAAGAAUUUACAAGAAUUUGUUUGGCAUGGAAGACGGAUACAUGGCUUUGGUUAAGAAUCUUCCUCACUGAUAUGAUCAUCUAUCAGGGUCAAUAUAAAAAGGCAAUAGCCAGCCUACAUCAUUUAGCAGCUCUCCAGGGAUCACUCCCUCAGCCACAGAUCACGGGACAGGGAACCUUGGAGCAUCAAAGGGCACUCAUCCAGCUGGCAACCUGCCACUUUGCUCUAGGGGAGUACAGAAUGACAUGUGAAAAAGUCCUGGAUUUGAUGUGCUACAUGGUACUCCCCAUUCAAGAUGGAGGCAAAUCACAGGAAGAACCUUCAAAAAUAAAGCCCAAAUUUAGAAAAGGUUCGGACCUGAAGCUUCUGCCUUGUACCAGCAAGGCUAUCAUGCCGUACUGCCUGCAUCUAAUGCUAGCUUGUUUUAAGCUGAGAGCAUUCACGGACAGCAGGGAUGACAUGGCUCUGGGGCAUGUGAUUGUAUUGCUUCAGCAAGAGUGGCCGCGGGGAGAGAAUCUUUUCUUGAAAGCUGUCAAUAAGAUUUGCCAACAAGGAAAUUUCCAAUAUGAGAAUUUUUUCAAUUAUGUUACAAAUAUUGAUAUGCUGGAGGAAUUUGCCUACUUGAGAACUCAGGAAGGUGGGAAAAUCCAUCUGGAAUUACUGCCCAAUCAAGGAAUGCUGAUCAAGCCUACUAGCCCUCCCAUGGGGUUACUGCAGCAGGAAUUCUUACCUGUGCUUCAGCCCAGCAUACAGACUGCUGACAGGCACCACACAGUCACCCGGGGCAUCACCAAGGGUGUGAAGGAGGACUUCCGCCUGGCCAUGGAGCGCCAGGUGUCCCGCUGUGGUGAGAACUUGAUGGUGGUGCUGCACAGGUUCUGCAUCAACGAGAAGAUCUUGCUUCUGCAGACUCUGGCCUGAUGGGAGCCCUUUCCACCAGAGACCACCCAGAGCCCUGUAGUCUGGGGGAAGACAUACGCCUUGAUAACAUUGCUUUACACCUCUUAAAGAGAAACCACCUGAGUUCGAACUCCUUGGUUGCUUAAAAAUAGUUCCCAAGAACCGGAGAAGCUAUUUCUAUUUUUUAAAAGUCUUUUUUGUUUUGUUUUGUAAUUUUUAUAAAACAAAAGUAUCAACCUCUUUUGUAAAUAAAAAUCAUACUAAAUUUGGA